CUGACCGUCUGAUUUCCAUCUGAGAUGAGCAGAGACUUCUCCGCGCUCAGUAUAUGUAUCUAUACAUAGUGCAAGGGACAGCGCCGGAGCACGGUGGUCCGUGGAUGGAAUCCUCUUUGUGGUCAUGGUGUGACGGCCGCUGUGGACUGCCAGCAGCAUCGCUCAAGUAUAACAUGACAGCGCCAAUCUUGUAGCCAGCUCAAUGGCGUUACAGCAACACCGCGCCCGGGGAUGGACCAAACCACACAACUACAAAUACUGUGACUAUAUAAACAGAAAACUGAUGACGGAAUUGCUGACAUAAUGCUGCAGAUGGCGCAAGUGACGGACGCGGUGAAACCGAGGGACUGCUAAGGCGUACAGGAACGAUGGAUAUAUGGAUAUAAGACUGUCGGGGAUCCAUCUUUAGUGUAGCACAGUAUCUGCGGUUUCCUGCGUCAGUUGGGGUAAAGAUGCCGACUGGCGCCAACGCUACAGAUGACUGCGCAGUGGACGGCCAGUUUAUGGAUUACCUAUAUGCAAUCACCUACACUGUCAUCCUGAUCCCUGGAUUAAUAGGGAACGUCCUGGCCUUAUGGGUCUUCUAUGCAUAUGUGAAGGAGACUAAACGCGCUGUGAUAUUUAUGAUCAAUCUGGCCGUGGCGGACUUACUGCAGGUCCUCUCGCUGCCGCUGCGGAUAUUCUACUACCUGAACAAGUCCUGGCCCUUUGGGAGGUUCCUCUGCAUGUUCUGCUUCUACCUGAAGUACGUGAAUAUGUACGCCAGCAUCUUCUUCUUAGUCUGCAUCAGCGUCAGGCGCUUUCUCUAUCUCAUUUACCCCUUCCGAUUUACAGACAGGAAGCGAAUGUGCGACCUUUACAUCAGCAUGGUGGGCUGGAUAGCUGUCUGCGUAAGUUGUCUGCCGUUUCCGCUCCUGAGAAUUGGGAACAAUUCCACCACCGGUGACCUGGACCAUAAGUGCUUUGCCGAUCUCCCUCUGUUGGACAUUGGCGUUACAAACUCCAUACUGACGGUGACCUUAGCGGAGCUAUUUGGCUUUGUGACUCCCCUUGCAGUUGUCAGCUACUGUACCUGGAGGACUGUCAUGUCCCUGAGAGAGCCUCAUUCCGCGUCGCAUGACCUCGGGGAGAAGAAGAAGGCUUUGAAGAUGAUCCUGACCUGUGCCGCUGUCUUCCUCAUCUGCUUCGGCCCUUACCACAUCAGCUUUCCACUAGACUUCCUAGUCAAGGCCAAGAAGAUCAAGUCUUGCUCUCAGAGAAAAGCCAUCCUGACGUUGCACCCGGUGGCCCUGUGUCUGGCCAGUAUAAACUGCUGUCUUGAUCCCGUCAUCUACUACUUCACAACAGACGAGUUUAAGAGGAGACUAUCGAGGCAGGACAUAGCGGACAGCACAGAGUUACACAUAUUUUGCAAUAAAGAGUUUGUAGAGAAGAACUCCAGGUCCAUGCUAUAGAUGACAUAUUUCAGCUAACAGGUCCGCGAGAAGUUUCCAUCAGGCUAAGUCUACUCACUGUUCUGUCUCCACUCCCGUGUGUCACCUAACACGCCAUACUGCAACAUUUACCUGGGGGAACUCUACCGGAGACACCAUACUCCAAGUUGUAGCUUCUAGUCUAUGUUUUACUAUUCUGUAUCUGUCACAUGUGUCUUGUUCUGUGGACAGAUUGCGAUGCUCAUCUGUAUAUAUAUAUAUAUAUAUAUAUAUAUAUACACAUGCUGCCGCGUUUCGUCUUACUAGGCCUUAUUCAGAGAUUGUGCGUCCCGGUCACUGUAAUAAGGCUCUGAGCCUGUGCCUAGUUGUGGCUAUUAGGUAAAUGCAGAUCUGGAACUAGGAAUGCGCCUAGGCUACUUAUUAGGUAGAUACAGCCAUGGCCCUGAGAAUGUGCCUAGUUGUGGCUAUUAGGUAAAUCCACCCUGGUCCUAGACUUAGCCCUAUGGGCCUAAUUCAGAUCUGAUCGCAGCAGCAAAUUUGUUAGCACAGCAGGGAGGGAGGGAGUGUGUGAGUGUGA